AUGGACGGAACUAUUGUGGCGAACUCCUGCGUUAUAGAUAAUACAUCUGAUGAUCGGAGAUGGCUCAAGAAACUUCACAAACAUCUCAAAAAUGAUUAUAACAAUAUCAUGCAACCGAAUCGCGCAAGAACAAAGGUAAAUUUUGGCUUUUUUUUAAGAUAUUAUAAUUUUGACGAUGAAUCUCAUACAUUUACUGUAAACGGUUGGUUGCAUCUAACAUGGAGUGACGAUAGAUUAACAUGGAAUCCUGAAGACUUCAACGGCAUAAAUAAGACGAAUUAUUGGAGUUAUGUUUUCUGGGCACCCAUUUUGGAAUUGAAUAAUCGAAUAGAAAAUGAGAUAUAUGAGACUUUUUAUGGAAUGUGUUCAUUGGAAAGUACCGGAAGUGUAACAUGUAAUCCCAGAGUCAAUGAAGAAGUUAGAUGUGUGUCUAGCGUGCAGAAUUGGCCAUACGACACUAAAAAAUGCAAACUCGAUUACGGCAUUUCUUCUUUGCAGAAUAAUGUUGGAUUGAUGUUGUUCCUCAAACCGAUUUUAGCGCACACCACCAAAACUGAAUGGAUUCUAUCUCAACACAGUGUCAUCAGGAACAUCCUUCGGGGACCUCAAGCCGAGAAUUGGCGAGUGCCUCUAGAGGUAUGCCAGGCGGAUGGCAUGUCGUCACGCGGGGAGUCUCCUCUUCGUCUUGAGCCUCUAGACCACUCGAACCUGAGGGGUCACAGACGCGUGUCUCAAGCGGAUGUAACUCGCGGUCGCAGUGGUCUCAACUGGUUCGAGAUGUCCACAAACCUCUGGGAUGGUUCUGUCAAGUACUUGCUCGAUGCUUUGGAUAGGUUACAGCGGCGCGCGAUCCGCAUCAUAGGCGAUGAGGAGGUGACUAAACACCUCGAGCCUCUUCAAUUACGCCAUGACAUGGUGUCAUUAAGCGCGUUCUAUCGUCUGUACCACGGCGAGUGUUCUGAAGAGUUAUUCUUUCUUAUUCCACCUUCCCCUUUCAUUCAGAGGACCACGCGCGCUGGCCUACGUUACCACCGACUAACUGUGGCCACAAUUCCAACGCGUGCAAAGAAGUUUGGUGUCUCAUUUCUUUGUCGCACUAUCCGUAAAUGA